AAUGUGUAUAAUAAAUCACGUAGGUAAAAUCCAGGUGUGGCCUCACCUCAGGGAGCUGUGAACGGACUGGGAGGGACAGACCUGUACAUGUAGAGCGCUGGGAGAAAAGUGGGACUUUGUUCUUCUUCAGUGGAAUGAACAUGACUGCUGUGCGGCUGGCAGCUGCGCUCCUCUGUCUGCUGUAUGCCUCUGAGGCAUUUUCUUUUCCAAGUACAAGAUGUUGCACCCAACUGGGAGAAAACAUUUCGAAAACUCUUCUGAAGAAAGUGAAGAGUUAUGAAAUUCAGAAACGGGACGGUACUUGUCACCUCCAAGCUGUGCUCCUGCACUUGAAACAUAGGACGCUAUGCAUUAGUCCUAAGAAUAAGCGGGUACAGCAGUGGAUCGUAACUCAGCAUAAGAAAAGUUCUGUCAAUCAGGAACCCACCAAGAAUUACACAGGCAGAAAAAAAAGACGAGGCAAUUCAAAGAACAAGAAGAAAAAGAUGAAGGACAGAAAGAAAAAACGGAUUUAAUUGUUAUCAAUGCUCCAUCUGGACUGUGUAUAAAAAUGUGCAUAAAAAUUAACAUUUUUCUA